AUGAGAUCGCUUGGACAGAACCCAUCCGAGAGUGAAUUGACCGACAUGAUCAACGAAGUAGAUGUCAAUAGUGACGGAUCCAUCGAUUUUCCCGAAUUUUUGACGAUGAUGGCAAGAAAGAUGAAAGAUACCGAUUCAGAAGCCGAAAUUGCCGAAGCUUUCAAAGUGUUUGACAGAAAUGGUGACGGUAAGAUCAGUGCUGCUGAAUUGAGACACGUUUUAACCUCUAUUGGUGAGAAGUUGUCGGACGCAGAUGUAGACCAAAUGAUCAAGGAAGCUGAUACCAACAACGACGGUGAAAUUGAUAUCCAGGAAUUUACACGCUUGUUAGCUGCUAAAUAG